CUCCAGAGAAGACAAGCUCAAUAUUGUUCCUUUCAAGAUUUUCAUGUAAGUACUUUUACUGAAUGUAUGAAUUUAUUUUUUUAAAGUAAAGAGUAAACCAUAAUGAGCUUUUAAUUGUACUCUUAUAAAUGCAAUACACAAUCCAAACACAUUGCACAUUUUAAGAGAACUCACACAUUUCUCACUUUACACACACACGGUAUUAAUUUGUGUUCUCUCUAGUUAUUACAUUUUAAAAGAAAAGAUAGGACACAUUUUUUUUAUUAUAAAAUCUAUUUUAUAUGGAUUUUGUUAAUGAAUCAUUUGGCUAAAAUUUAUAAAAAAAAAAAAGAUUUAAGAUAAGACUUGUGCCAAUUUAACACAAAACUGUUUUUACUGCAUCCUAAAACAUAUAUCUGCCCGGUUAUCUAAAGGUAAAAGCAAAUGUUGAUGUAAAUAUUACUAUAUUAUAUUAUACUCUAUAAAUAGUAUGCUAAAGAACACUACAUUAUACUACAUUAUAAUAUAUUAUUAAUAUUUUCGGUUAUGAGCAAAACAUGAACAAAGUAAAAUAAAUUAUAUAUAUAUAUAUACAAAAAUAGAGACUUAAAAAUUUCACAUGCUUUCAGUAAAUCUUAUGAAUAUGUUUCUUUAAAGUGGUAAACAUUUGUUAAUGAAAUGACACAGACUGAACUAGACAUUAGAGAUUUAUUUUGGUCUGAACUGCAAUUCAUGCGAUUUUGAGCUGAUCGGGUGAUCGGUCGAAUUCCCAAACGCUGAGCCUAGAUGUACCCGAAUAACAUGCCAACGCUUUAUUUUAGUACAUGAUUUUUAAAUGAUUGAUGGAAAAAAAAGAUGAUCAUGGGUCAUUGAAUGAUGAUUUUAUUCACAGAUCAAGCGAAACGUUGUGAAUAGAGGGGAAAAAAGGAGGACCAUUUAAAAAAAACAAAAAAAACCUAUAUUUAUAUAUUAAAUAUUUAUUAAAUAUAUACUUUUUUACUUUUUUAAAUGCUCCUCCUGUUUUUCCUCUCUAUUAGUUACUUUUUAUGACUUGAUCUGUGAUCCUAAAAUGCACCUAUUAGUGUACUGCAAAAUAUAUACAUAACAUUAUAUUACUUAUAUUAUUAUCAUUACUUCAUAUUAUAUUACUUCAAUGUUGAAAGAUUUUAUUGUUUUUUUUUUAAAAACACCUAAUCUAGGCAAAAAUAAUGAGGGUUUAGUUACAUUAUAUGAUCAUACAUUGCAUAAGCCCAUAUAUUUGGGAGUCUAGCCAACUCCUUGGUUUUGCACCCCUCCCUGUCACAGGUGCCUCAUCCCAGGGCCCUAUUUAGCCUUGUACUGCAGAGAGCCCCAGAUGGAAUUUUCCCCCCCCCAAGUAAGUGGGUUAAUUUCAUGAGAGCAGACAUUAGGCUGUUAGUGUAGGACCUGCCAAAGAUGGGGUACAUUGACAUUGUGGCAGGCUUAUGCAAUGUAUGAUCAUAUAAUUAUUUUUGCCUAGAUUAGGUGUUUUAAAAAAACCAAAUAAAAUCAUUCAACAUUGAAGUUGCUGUUUAGUGGAUAGGUGAGUGCGCUGGAUCUUGUGUAUUGUAUUAUUUGGCCCCCAGCAGCACCCCCAUUUAUGCAUGUUCAGGUGAGUGCAGCCAACCCCCUCUUGUUUCAUAACAUUAUAUUAUGUAUGUAUUUUACCGUACACUAAUUAGUCAAUUUACACAAUUUUAUGUUUCCAAAUCAACUUGGCUCUUGACAAGGCAUUCAAUACAGUUCCACACAGUAUGUUAGUGUUAGUGUUAGUAUAGAUCAGGGGUAGUCAACCUUUUAAUGCCCACUGCCCACUUUUGUAUCUUUGCUGAUGGUAAAAUUACCUUACCGCCCACCAGUGCCACAUUAGCUAAUUUUAUAGCGCAAUUGUGAUUUGUUUAAAAAGAAAGGAGUUUUUUUUUUAAUAUGUACUCAAAGGUAUCUAUUUCUUAUUCUUUUUAUUUUCUAUUCUACGUUUCUUCUAUAUGUGUGUGAGUGGUGCUGUGUGUGCAUGUGAAGGGUGCUGUGUAUGUGAUGGGACAGUGUGUGUGUGAAUGGUGCAGUGUGUGUGUGUGAGUGUUGCUGUGUGUGAGUGGUGCUGUGUGUGUGAAGGGUGCAGUUUGUGUGUGAGUGGUGCUGUAUGAGUAGGAAGGGUGCUGUUUGUGUGUGUCUGAGGUGCAGUGUAUGUGAGGGGGCAGGGUGUGUAAGGGUGGCAGUGUGUGUGUGUGUGUGUGUGUGUGUGAAGAGUGCUGGGUGUGUGUGUCUGAGGUGCAGUGUGUGUGUGUGUGUGAGGGGGCAGGGUGUGUGUAAGAGGGAAGUAUGUGUGAGGAGUGCACUGUGUGUGUGUGGUGGAGGGGUGCAGUGUGUGAGGAGGCAGUGUGUGUGAUUGGAGCAGUGUGUAUGUGUGUGUGUAAAGGGUUCAUAGGGUCUAUGCAGUGUGUAGGUGGGUGAGAUGUGAAAAUCUAUCUUAACUUUCUUCUUACCACUACUUUCUUCUUACCUUUCACCAGGGAGGUGGGACAUAUUGCUGAAAGCCCUGCUUGUCCAGUAUUGGCAUGCUUACUUUAGCCUGUAGCUCCUUUGGCUGCAGGCUGACUCUCCUGUCCUCCUGAGAGCACAGCAGCAUAUCGGAGCAUUGCCAUAGUAACAUAGUAACACGCGGCAAUGCUCUGACCAGCCUGCUCGUGGGAACAACACAGAGCCUCCCAGGCCCUUCUCUCCCUCUGCUGGAACUCAGUACCAGGGGGGCAGUGAGGAAGAUCUUUGAUCUCCUCACCAGCCCAAGAGGGCUUAUAGCAAAGCUGGCUAUGCAUGGGCUGGCAGAGGAGAUGAAAUGAUCUCCCGUGCCGGUCUUGGUCCAUGGCCAUCAUGGCCCACCAGGCGUUUUCUGCAGAACCCACCACCGCCCACCUGAAAUCCCAAAGCGCCCACUAGUGGGACCAGGUUGACUACCUAUAGUCUAGAUGAAAAUAUUGUUCUUUAGUAGAACAUUGGUUUAAAUAUAGAGUACAGAAAGUUGUCAUUACUGGUAUGUUUUCAAGCUGGACAAAAGUGGUAAAUGGCAGGGUUCAGCUCUGGGACUGCUGCUAUUUAACAUUUUUAUAAUUGAUCUUGAAAUAUGCAGAUGACACAAAACUCUGUAAAGCAAUACAAUGUCUGGAAAUCUAUUCAUAAUAAGAGCUAUGCAUAGGAUACAAAUUCACACAUCUAGAAUAGCAGUAAGCAGAUUUAGUCAAAUGAUCAGGGAUAUAAUUUUUAAUUAAUGGGGUCCAAGGAGAUAUCUUACUUGCAUUACUUGCAAUCUUUAGGUUGAAUAAGUUUGGCUUCGUGGAUCAAUACAGUGUAUUGCAGUGAAAGAAGAGUGUGAAAGACCAUUCUGUGGUGAUUCUGUCAUGGAUGGAUUUCAACUCCUAACAUCCACAGGCAGGCAGCUGACGAAUUUCGAUAUAAUUGAUUGUCCAUCAAAAACAGGUUGACAUGGAGCUGUGUGUGAAUAGAAAGUGAACAAACAUGAUGGGUUCAGGAGUUGGUUAGACUAAUUUACAGCCACUCAAUUAUGUCUGAAUAGACAGCCAACUACUGUCAGUGAUUGAUAGAAAUUGACAUUCAGCAACAACAGUUAGAUUUGGGAUUAUGCAUGAACAAUAGAUGUUGCUUGUGGGUUCUACUAGGGAGUUUUAGGAUCCCACUUGGGUGUCCAGUCUGUGUCUAAUUUAUGCACCAUUUGUUUGUCAGCUCUAAGUAUCUUGUAAUAUUGAAAAGAAAUAUCACCUUCAGUAAUAUCCUUUUUGAUAUUGGUACUUGAACGCACCAUAUUUGAAGUUAAUCAUACAGCAUAAAGUUAGGUUAAUGCUGCAUGUGCUGGGUUAAUGGAAACCUAUAGUGUUAGGAAUACACUCGCAUCAAGCCUUCCCCAUAGGAAAAAAUUGCCUUCUUAUGGGGUUUUCUCUAAAGUGUUGGACAUCCUCAUGCAGUGUCUGAUUGACAGUCUGAGACAGUCCUAGUCCUGCAAUGUACUUAUUGCAGUUCUUUUAAAACUGCAAUGUUUUAAACUGCAGGACUAAGUGGAACAGGGGCACUGUACCCAGACCAAUUCAAUGAGAUGGGGUCUAUAGUGCCCCUUUAAUAGUGCAAGCAUAGAAUUUCUAAAUAUAGGCUUAUAACAUUUUUGGAUUCAUUCAAAGAAUUGGUUUCAUAAUGUAACACAUCUGAACUUACCAUCAAGAUAAAUUAAUUACCUUCCUGCAGCAUAAAGGAACAUUAAAGUCAUCCUGGCCCAGGCCUGGUCCUGUCCUUUAAACUUGCUAUGUAAAACAUUGCAGUUUUUAUAAAUUGAAGAUUAAAUCAUCUUGUGGCUGUCUUCCUGAAAUCCCUUCCCAUAUCCUGCUGUCCCUCUUUUCUGAGCUCCAUAUUGUUGGUGUAUGAGUGUAUAAUAGAGUCCCAGAGCUUUAUUACUCAUAGUAAUGUGUCUUUAACCUACAGUAAAUUUAUUUAGAAAUCAGACAGAAUGUGUAAAUUAAUACAUUGUUUUUGUUUUAAAUUAAAUGUAGUUCUAUAAAUUAUUAUUGUCAUCUAUAUGGUCACACACUCACGCCCCUAAAAUUAAAGUGUUCCUCUUUGUCCAUUUGAAAUAUUGGGUAUACUUUAAGGCACAGGUGUCACAAGAAUACUGGUCAAUACAGUGCACUUUGUUUAAUCCUAUGUUGUCAUUGUUUAAUAACAGAAUAAAAUAAGCCUAUGUUUUCUUUCUCCCAUUAAGAAUUCAGAAUAAAUUGAUUGCAUAUCUUAUAUUUAAAAAAAAUAAAAAACUGAAAAUGGGCCAAAGGUAUAUUCUCUGGACACCCAUUCUUAAUAUGACAUCACUCUAUAGUAUCUGUAUUUUGUAUAGUUAACAUGAAACAAAUCAUGAAACAGGAACAUCAAAUAUUCAUGGCUAUUGACUGGUUCCUUCUGCAUCUACUAGUGUGAAAGAUGAGUGCAUUACUGUUUACUUCCUUAUUAAUCUGUUUGUUAAAUGUAUAAAAUGUAUGUUAAUUUCAUUAAUUUUAUAAUUUAAAUACUUGUUAUAUAAACAUUAAAACAAGAAACAUAAAAAACAGAGAACAAUAUAGCUAAUGUACCAUAAGAUGCACAAAGAGAACCAAUAAAAUGGCAGUAGCUUUAAAACAAAUAGUACAAUAUUAUAAAAGAUAAUAUAAAUGUCAAUGUACUCUAAAACAUUGUGUGUGAAUUGAUAGGAAAAGUUUACAGUGAAAUGAAUCAAAUAUUCUCUUGAAUUAGUCAAUAGUUUACUACUACAGCUGCUAUUAAAAAAAAAAUGAAGUACUUGAUAAAGGUUAUCUUUAUAAAAGUAGUGAGCAUGGGAGUAUGGCAAAUCUAAACAAUACAGUAUUUGGUUAACUAAGGGGUUAGAUGUAAGCAGAAAGUACUACAUUUAGGAAAUGUGUUUUUCUACUGAAUAAUGCUAAAGAGUAUAUUCACUAAAUUGCAAGGAUUGUUAGGCAAACUUAUAAAAAUGAACACUAAAAUAUAAGAUUUGUUUUAUUUUCACUUUGUCACUAUUGGUCACUUAAUUAAUUUGGUAAUAUUAUUUACACCAUGUAUAAUUAUUUUAACCUAUUGUUUUUUUUGUUUUUUUUUGUGUGUGUUAAUUGUUCUAUUUCAGAACAGAAAAAUAAAUCAAUAAUGUCAACAGAAUUAGUGUCACCACUAGACAUCUCAGAAGACAGAUUGGAUAAGCGAGAGAAACGCUGUAACCUUUUAGGUAAAUGUAAUUAUUGGCGAUUAUUUCAUAUGAUUCAUUAGAGAAGGAUGAGGAUGAGUCAUCCCCGAUUUGUCUAGAGAAAAGUAGAUAAUAGUUCACCCAGUAUACUAUUAGAAACGUGAUAUCCUUUUCCUUCUGGUAAAAAGCUUGAUGCCAGAUGGGAAGGAUGAUCAUAUGGUUUCCUUCCCUAGAGUCACAUAUGUUGAUAUAUUGAAAUUACCUGAAUACUUCAAGUAUACCAUAUUGUGUUAUCUGGUCAUUUACAGAACAGGCAUAUGAAUUGUGUAGUGAUUUCUGAGAAACAAUACCAUUUUUAACAAAAUUGGUUCCUUUUAACCCCUUCAUGUCCAAAAUCAUGUAUAAAUAAUUUCAAAGGUGUCCCAAAAUCGUGUUAACAUACUUUUCAAAAAUGCAAAUUAAGUCAGUCUUUUGUAAAUAAAUAUAUUAACGCUAUGUGUGUCCUGCUUUCCCUCUCCAUGCCAAUUCUUAGAGCCAGGGAGCACAGACAUGGCCAAUAACUUAGAGCCUGCCAAUUUCCAACCAGCUGGGAAAUGAGACUAGCAGCAAUGGAUCAUAUGCCGCCGUGUUUAUGCAUUUAUAUGUCAUGCUGCUAGAGAUUUUGAUCUACUUGCAGCAAGUUCACAGUACAUUUAGAGGGAGACCUGUAUGGAAUGGGGACAGGCAGACAUGUUGGUAAUCCCAGUGUAUGUGAACAUACUAUUUGCCCACAGUGAACUCACCAACUCCUCUUGGUAGGAAGGAGCAUGAGCUAUUAUAGUACUGGCUAAACCUGGCACAGUUCUAAUGAGACUGAUUGUGCAGCAUGUGGAAUGUAAUAGUGCCCAGGUUAGCUGUCAGCCGAAGUAUGGGAUGUCAUUGAGUGCUGAUCUUUAGCAGGUAGAUCUAGCAGCAUGCAUAUGAAUACAGAAAACUGGUGACAUAUGAUCCUUUACUGCUAUAUGGGGCUGUAUAUAUGUGGAACACAUGGGGACAGCAUGAGAGCAUUACAAAAAUAAUGAGAAAAAAGUUGAUGUUACAUAUUCACAAAAGUUGUUUUUUUACUGUAUAUUUACACUGACACACAUGUAGAUACACAGAUACACACACUGACACACAUGCACCUAUACAGGCACACAGAUACGCACACUCACACACAUGCAAAUAAGCAGACAUAUAAAUACAAACACUAACACAUAUACAGAUUCACAGACAUAGCGAUACAGACACUUACACACAUAUAAAUACAGAGAUACACACCCUGACACACGUACAGAAGCACAGAUUCACACACUGACAUAUAUAUAUAUAUAUAUAUAUAUAUAUAUAUAUAUAUAUAUAUAUAUAGACAAUCCUCAGAUGCACACACUGACAAAAAUACAGGAACACACAUUGACAUACAUACAUACAUAUGUAUCUUACAACUCCCUUGUAUGUGUCUUACUGUUCCACAGCACUUCUGUGUGUGUCUCUCUUCCUCAUCCCCUUUGUGUGUCUCUUUCUCUUCCAGCCCUUUGUGUAUCUCUUGAAUCUCCCAGACCCGUUGUGUGUCAUUUAUUCCUCUGCAGCCCCUAUGUGUGUCUCUUACUCCCAACAGCCCCUCUGGGUGUCUUUCACCCACAACAGCCCUUUUCGUAUGUCUUUUUCCAAGUCCCUUUCUCCCGCCACAGCCCCUUUUGUAGUUCUCUUCCCCCAGAGCUCCUUUUGUAGGUAUCUUCCCUCGGCCCCUUUUAUGUGUCUCUUUCUCCCUUUCCCCUGUGUGUGUGUGUGUAUCUUCCCCCCAGCCCCUGUAUGUGUAUCUUUCUCCUUCCUCUGCCUCUGUGUGUGUGUCUCUUUCUCAUUUUCCCCAGUGGCUGUUUGUGUCCCUCCACCCAGCCCCUCUGUGACUCCUUCACCAAAGUGUGUCUCUUUCUCCCCUUUUCCUGCCCCUGUUUGUCGCUUUCUUUCAUCACAGCCUUUUUUGUAUGUCUCCCCCCACCUUCCUUUGUGGUCUCUUCCUCCCCCCACAGCUUGCUGACCACCCUCCAUUUAAUGUGGCGGAGAGGAUAGUGGUAAAGGGUCUUCAGUAUUCUCUACCAGAUCUGUCAGGAAGCUGUUCACUGUGCUCAGUAAGCACUUCCUGUCAGAUUUAGUAGAGGAUACAGAAGGUCCUCUCCCUACGUCUACUCGGCCACACCACACAAAGUGACUGUCAGUAGUUUUCUUGCCUUUAUAUCUUGUCUGUCAUGCUAAAGUGUAGUUUUGUAAGCCCUUUUUGUAAUUGUUUUAUUCACCUAUAUGCAUUCCUCUGUUUCCCUGCUGAUUUCUGACUGACCUCUGACCCCUUCCUUCUUUUAUCGAUAUGUUUGUUUUUAUUUGACUAACCAUCCCUUCAUCUCUGUGUCUAGAUACUUAUCCCCUCCCUCAGCUUUAUUGCAAGCCUAUCUAACCCUCACAUAUCUUUAUGCAACAGCCUGAUUUCAAAACUAUCAAUCCCCAAUACUGCUGUAAGAAAGUCUGAUACCCGUCCUCCUUUCCCCUCACCAUGCUCAUUAUUACAUUUAUAUAUUUUCUGUCACACCCAAACUUUAGAUAAGUAAAAAUAUCAGGUGUAAACACUGACUUUAUUAGUACACUCCUGCACUUUCCUAACCCAUAAAACUUAAUAUUUACCCUACCUUCACCUGCUCUUGAUAUUCCAAUUAUUUCCAAUUUACUUUUUACUUUUUUCCAGUUUAGCAAUGAUCUGUUUUCUCCUCCUCUUUAUUUCCUCCUUCUCCCUCAGUUUAAAAAUCUCUCCUCACACUCACUUCACUCAUCCCCAUCCACAUUUACAUAUCCCCCUCUCUGCUACACUCCCCCUUCUCUCAUCUCAUGCCUUACACUCAUUUUUCUACUCUCUCACUCCUACCCACAAUCGAUCUCAUCCUAGACCCCAUGCAUACAAAACCCAUUCACACCUCCUGUCACUUUCUCUCCUCCUGCCUCUAGCAGCUGGUGAUGUCUCUCACAAUUCAGGGCCCGUGCUAAGCACUCUGUGGAAACCGUACUCACUGACCAAAGUGUGAAGGGAUAACCCCAUCACUAUUCGGCCAAUUGUACUCCCUUCUAUCAGCCUUCCCCAGUCAUUCGUUCUUUUGUUAAGCUCCAUUCGUUAUUUUGUUCGGUUCCCAAACCGAGACCACCCCAGAGACUAAUCAGAACUGAGAAUGUUAUGUAUCUAUAUGAAAACCGCAGACUAAUUGAAUGCUCCUUGGUGGCCGCCAUUUCGUGUAUAUGAAUACACAUGGUGAGAACAAUGGGUGGCGGCCAUCUUGUCUCCCAAACGCUGCCUGGAACUGUUUUCGGCAACGCACUUGAACGAACACCGGUCUCUAUGGAGCUCUUCUACGUUCCCUUUCCCAGCAACUCAGACGAACGGCGUUCUGGAGUUUCAAACUACCGAACACAGGGAGCAUUCUCCACAAACCAGAUGGACUUUACCUAUUGCGGUUUUCUUAUAAAACCCUACGAACAGUUCUUCUGGAACUGUUUCCCGGUCUCAACCUCGUGACAACUCCCUCUGCGGUUCCGUUCGGUAACCACCGAACAGAUUUGGCUGAUUUUUACUAUGUUGCUCCCACAGAGACAGGCUACACAGAGAUGCGACUUUUGUGGGGUUCUUAUGUAUUUUUGGGGUAUUCAAGAUAUUGUGAAAAAUUUUACUUUUUCUGACCAGAGAAUAAUUGAGUUUAGUAUGUUCUCUAAACUCAAUUAUCUUGCUGGCUCAGAGGAGGAGUUAUACACUGUUUAAAUUAAAUGCCUGUGUUCUCAUUAAACCAGUAUUGUCCCAGCAUUAAGCUUUGGCUUAUGUGUGGGUUAUUAUGUGACACCAGCGAUAUUUGGAUUUUGUGGAUUAUUGGCGUAUUAUUUUAAGGGUAUGCAAGACGGUACCUUCUUAGACCGUCACACAAAGUAUCCAAUGAUCUACUCACUGCAAAAUCUCAUGGUCACUACUCUAUCCUAAUUCUCCUUGACCUGUCUUUGGCUUUUGACACUGUUGAUCAUCAACAGCUUCUCAUCCUUCACAAUAUCGGUCUACAAGAUAUUGCUCUCUCCUGGUGCUCCUCCUACCUCUCCCAGCGCUCUUUCAGCAUUUAUUUCUCUGGCUUUGCUUCUUCUCCCCAACUCCUCUCUCUUGGUGUCCCCCAAGGUUCAGUCCUUGGUCCCCUACUGUUCUCUAUCUAUAUUGUCUUCCUUGGUAAACUUAUUAGCUCCUUUGGCUUCCAAUAUAAUUUCUAUGCGGAUGACACGCAAAUCUACCCGUCCUCACCUGAUCUCUCCCCGUCCCUCUUGACUAGUGUCUCUGACUGCCUCUCUGCUAUUUCUAACUGGAUGGCUGCCCACUUCCUUAAACUCAACUUGACCAAAACUGAAAUCCUGCUACUCCUGUGUCUGUCUCCCUCCAAGUUAACUGUGCUACCAUCAGCACCACCACACAGGCUCGUUGCCUAGGUGUUCUUUUUGACUCCGACCUCUCCUUCACGCCUCAUGUUCAGUCUAUCAAAAAUCCUGCCCCUUCCAUCUCAAAAACAUUGCGCGUAUUCGACCCUACUUAACGCCAGAUGCGACUAAGGUGCUGGUCCAUUCCACUGUCCUUUCUCCCCUUGACUUCUGUAAUCCACAUCUCAGUGGUCUUACGUGCUCCCAACUUGCUCCGUAACAGUCCAUAAUGAAUGCAGCGGUGAGGCUCACCUUCCUGUUCGCCCGCACUCUUCUGUCAGUCCCUACAUACAUUGGCUUCCUGUAAGAUAUAGGGUUCAAUUUAAAAUUCUUGUUCUUGCUUAUAAAUCUCUACAUAAUGCUGCUCCCACCUAUCUAUCCUCCUUAAUACACAAGUAUGUCCUGUCUAGGCCCUUACGCUCUGCUGAAGACUUACGUCUAUCUUCUGUCCAUACUCCCAUCUCUGAUGCUCGCCUUCAAGACUUCUCGAGGGCUGCACCAUUCCUGUGGAACUCACUUCCCUCUUCCGUUAGAUGCUCACCCAGUCUCCACUCCUUCAAAAAAAACAUUAAAAACCCACUUCUUCAUAAAAGCGUAUCAAUUAAACUGUUCAUAGCUCCCAACUGAUUCCUCUCUUGCAACUGUCAUUAGUCUAAUACUAUCCUUACCUUUUGUGUCACUUUACCCCACUCCCUCUAGCAUGUAAGCUCAUUGAGCAGGGCCCUCAACGCCUCUGUUCCUGUGUGUCCAACUUGUCUGGUUCUCAGUGUGUCUGGUUCGGAGGUGUGUUUGUGCUGUACUUGCACAAGUAAUGCACCAGGCAAGAAUUGUGGAUGGCAUUUGCUAGCCAUCAAGGCCGGAUUAACAGAGGGGCUGAUGGAGCUGCAGCUCCAGGCCCAUGCCUUUGUAAUAGGCCCAUUGAUUUAAAAAAAAAAAAAAAAGUGUGUGUGUAUAUAUAUAUAUAUAUAUAUAUAUAUAUAUAUAUAUAUACAAAUUCUCUUGCUGCUUCAGUCUCUCUAACAUAGUUACAUAGUUACAUAGUUACAUAGCUGAAAAGAGACUUGCGUUCAUCAAGUUCAACCUUCCUCAUAUUUGUUUUUUGCUGUUGAUCAUUUGCUAGCCAUCAAGGCCGGAUUAACAGAGGGGCUGAUGGAGCUGCAGCUCCAGGCCCAUGCCUUUGUAAUAGGCCCAUUGAUUUAAAAAAAAAAAAAAAAGUGUGUGUGUAUAUAUAUAUAUAUAUAUAUAUAUAUAUAUAUAUAUAUACAAAUUCUCUUGCUGCUUCAGUCUCUCUAACAUAGUUACAUAGUUACAUAGUUACAUAGCUGAAAAGAGACUUGCGUUCAUCAAGUUCAACCUUCCUCAUAUUUGUUUUUUGCUGUUGAUCAAAAAGAAGGCAAAAAAAACCCAGUUUGAAGCACAAUUUUACAACAAGCUAGGAAAAAAAUUCCUUCUUGAGACCAGAAUGGCAAUCAGAUUUAUCCUUGGAUCAAGCAGUUAUUACCCUACAUUGAAAGAUUAUAUCCUUGAAUAUUCUGUUUUUGCAAGUAUGCAUCUAAUAGCUGUUUGAACAUCUGUAUGGACUCUGAUAAAACCACUUCUUCAGGCAGAGAAUUACACAUUCCAGAAUUCUUAUUGUUCUUACAGUAAAAAAACCUUUCCUUUGCCUUAGACAAAAUCUUCUUUCUUCCAGUCUAAGUGCAUGACCUCAUGUCCUAUGUAAAGUCCGGUUUGUGAAUAGAUUUCCACACAAUGGUUUGUAUUGGCCCCGAAUAUAUUUGUAUAAUGUUAUCAUAUCCCCUCUCAGGCAACGUUUUUCUAAACUAAAUAGGUUUAAAUUUGUUAACCUUUCUUCAUAGCUGAUAUGUUCCAUUCCUUUUAUUAAUUUUGUAGCCUGCCUCUGCACUUUUCCAGUGCCAUAAUAUACUUCUUUAGAACAGAUGUCCAAAAUUGCAUAGCAUAUUCAAUAUGUGGUCUUACCAGUGAUUUAUAAAGAGGCAAAAUUAUAUUCUCGUCCAGAGAAUGAAUGCCCUUUUUCAUGCAUGACAAUACCUUACUGGCCUUGGUCACUGCUGAUUGACAUUGCACAUUGUUGCAUAGUUUGUUGUCUAUAACAAUUCCCAAGUCCUUUUCGUGUGUUGUUAUCCCUAAUUUGUUUCCAUUAAGGGUAUACGUUGCUUGUGUAUUCUUCUUUCUUUUUCAACAUUAAAUUUAAUCUGCCAUUUGAGUACCCAGUCCCCCAGUCUAUCUAAAUCCCUCUGCUUCAAAGUAAUAUUUCGUUCACAUUGUAUUAUUUUACAGAGUUUUGUGUCAUCUGCAAACACUGAAACAUGACUUUCAAUGCUGUCUUCAAGAUCAUUUAUAAAAAUGUUAAACAGAAGGUGUCCCAGAACAGACCCCUGAUGGACACCACUUGCCACCUCUGUCCAGCUUGAAAAAUUACCAUUAAUGACAACUCUUUGUACUCUGUUUAUAAGCCAAUGUUCUACCCAAGAACAAGCAUUUUCAUCUAGACCGAUUUCCUUGAGUUUGAACACUAAUCUAUUGUCUGGAACGGUAUCAAAUGCCUUGGCAAAAUCCAAAUAGAUCACAUCCACUGCAACACCCUGAUCUAUACUUCUACUUACUUCUUCAUGACCUGUGCUUCAUAAAACCGUGCUGAUUUUUGCUGAUAACCAUGUUCUUCUCAAGGAAUUCUUGAAGAUUAUCCCUUAAUAACUUUUCAAUAAUUUUCCCAGCCACAGAAGUUAAGCUCACAGGUAUAUAAUUUCCAGGCAAGGAUUUUGAACCCUUUUUGAAUAUAGGAACCACAUCUGCCUUCCUCCUAUCCUCCGGAACACUUCCUAAAAGAAAAUAAUCUUGAAAGCUUAAAAACAGAGGUUCACGUAUUUCUACACUUAGUUCCUUAAGUACUCGUGGAUACUGUCAGGCCCUGGAGCUUUGUUUAUAUUAACUUUCUUUAGUUGCUGCAGUUGCUGCACAGAGGAGAAAUAGUUGUUUAAAAUUCCUGCCCUUUCCUGGUCUUCAUUAACUAACAGCCCUGUUUCAGUUUUUAGUGUACCUACACUUUCAUUUUUGGAUUUUUUAGAAUUUAUGUUGGUUUUGCUCUCUUUAGCUAUCAUUUUUUCAUUUUGAAGUUUAGCAAAUCUAAUUACCUUUUUGCACGCAUUAUUUGCUUCCUUAUCUUUUAUAAGAUGCAUCUGAUUUGUCCUAUUUAAAUGCUUUAAAUGCCCUUUUCUUAGUUGUAAUCUCUUGUUUUACUUCUCUACUAAGCCACAUUGGUUUUAAUUUGUUUCUUUUAUAUUUAUUUCCCAAUGGUACAUACUGAGAAAUGUACCUUUCUAAUAUUUGUUUGAAGAUUUUCCAUUUAUCCUCAGUGUUCUUUUCACUAAAGAGUUUAUGCCAGUCAAUAUAUUGUAAAGUUGCCCUUAACUUAUUGAAAUUGGUCUUUUUAAAAUUAUAUGUUUUAGUAUACCUCAUGUGCUUUUGGUUUUUUUUGAGUUUUUUUCAAAGGACACUACAUUGUGAUGACUAUUUCCCAAGUGCUCACCUACUUGAAUGUUGGUCAAAAGAUCAACGUUGUUUGUUAAAACCAGGUCCAGACAAGCGUCCAUUCUAGUUGGUGCUUGUACAAGUUGUGACAUGAAGGUGUCAUUUAACAAGUUUAAAAACCUAAUUCCCUUUGCUGAGCUACUAGUCCUUCUGUCCCAAUUUAUGUCCGGGUAAUUAAAAUCUCCAAUAAUUAAAGUGUUACCCAGAUUUGCAGCUUUCUCAAUUUGCUCAAACAGCUGUUGUUCCUCGUCAAUAUUAACAUUAGGUGGUUUAUAACAUAUCCCAACCAAUAGUUGGUUUCCCUUCUUUUCCCCAAGCAGAUAUUUACCCAUAAAGCUUCCACAUUUACCUCAUCGCAUUCCACUUGCUUAAGAUUUGGCAUUAAAUCAUGGUUGACAUACAAACAUACCCCACCACCCUUCUUGAUUUUCCUAUCCUUCCUAAAUAACAUGUACCCAUUUAAGUUAACUGCCCAGUCAUGUGUCUCAUCCCACCAUGUUUCAGUUAUGCCUAUUAUAUCAUAUUGUUUAGUGUAUGCUACUGCCUCUAGUUCCCCCAUUUUGUUAUUUAGGCUCCUUGCAUUAGUAAGCAUACAUUUAAUACACUGUGACAUGUUCCCAUUCUUCUACACUCACUACUGGUACAUCCACGUUUUCUCUGUCCCCAGGCUGUAACAGGAGCUUCUGCCUGCUAGUAAGAAGGUUAGGAGAGUAGUGGACCAGCGAGUGCUACGGGACAGUUCUUAGAAAGCGUAGAGCUAGCGCAUCAUUAGAUGAAUUUAUGCCAAGCUCAGGGUGCUGUCUGCACAGUAUGCCCUUGGUUGGUCAUCCUGCAUGAUUGACAGGCAGCCAGACGGCAUUCACGCCAGGCUGACAAUCUAAUUCUUUGUGCAUAUUUGUCCCUUUGGGCAGUUCUGGUUAUGGUUCUGGAUUUACUUGAAAGAUGAAAGCGAGAGAUUAGCAUAGGGUAUGUGUUUUCUGAUACUCUCCAGCACUACCUCCACCAGAUACAUGACACUUGGUAGGUAUAACUGUUUUAGUGUUUUCUGUUGCUAAAAUUCUGUAAUUAGGCCCAUCACAAUUUUCAGCACCAGGCCCAAUGGGCCCUGAAACGGGCCCUGGUAGCCAUUACUGUAUGGGUUUCUGUUUGGGCUGGUGACCUGUGCUCUCAAUGCAUUCCAGGCCUUUACUGGUAUAAUGGGAUAUUUUUGGUAGACUGUGGUAUCUGAGGGUGACAGACUAAUAGAUUCCAAGUAUGUAUUAUGCCUCCGAAGGAGUUUGAUAGUGUAUGCAGGGAGAUGAGAUAGUGAUAAUGACAUUCACAACAAACACUGCUUCUCAUGGGCAAUGUAGUCAGUGAGAGUCUGCAUCUCUUAGAUGUGCACAGGUAUCUGUAAAUGUUACUUCAUACAGUACAGGUUACACUGAUGGAGGUUGCAGAGAUAUAUGAUGACAAUCUCCAGCAGCUGCAAUCUGCCAAAUCUAUAUACACUUAUCAGCAACAUCAUUAAAUCCACUGACAGUUAAAGUGAAUAACGGAUUAUAUAUCUUUAUAGCGGCCAAAUAGUGAUGGCUAGUGUCUUGGUGCCAAAUACCACAGGGCACAUUUAGAGGUUUUGUGGAGUCCAUGCCUUAACGCAUCAGAACAGUUUUGCCAGCCUGAGGGAGACCUACACAAUACUAGGAAGGUGGUUUUAAUGUUGUGGCUGAUCAGUGUAUAUUGCAUACUACAUGUGUGUGUGACCAUCCAGAGGUCUGUGAGUCUAAUUUGUUCUUGCCCCCCAGGCCAACAAGUGGCCAUCCUUUCCCUGGUUAUGUGCAAGUUAUGUUGGUCUGAAUGAUGUGCUUACCAUUACUUUUGUUUUGUAUUAUUUACAGACAACCUCUCAGAACAAUUAAUUAGAAGUUGUGAUAUCCAGAUGAAGUCAAGACAAGAAAAAACAAUACAGACGUCUCAUAACAAGGAAUUGGAACAAACACAACCCCGCAGAAAAGAUACCCCUGCUUUGCACAUGGUGCCAUUUGUACCUGGUAAUAAUAAUAAUAAUAAUUUCACCCACCAUAGUUUAGGGAAGUAACAGUGACAAAUACGGUUAUCUCUCUAAGUAUUAUAAUCACUAUAGCUCAUUGUAGUAGUUAUGGUACUAUAAGCCUAUGUGCCCUGGACCCAUUUACUGUUAGACUUCUUCUGGGGUAGAUUAAAAAAACUUGGGUCUCUAUUUGACACCUAUUGUGUGCCCAAUCUGCAGAUAUAUUCAUAUUGUGGAUAUUAUACUUCAAAUCUAGCUAACUUGGCCCACCCCACCCCUCAUGUUGUCAGUGAGGUUUGGACUUGAUAACACAGAAGUGUUAUAUUUGCAUUAUCAUUUCAAUGUCAGAGAAGGUGGGUUAUGGAUGCCAGGAAGAGCACCAUGUUUUUCUCAGUUAUAGAAAGUUAUAUGGCACCAUAACCAUUACAAUGAGCUGUAUUGGUUUGUGUGUUUAGAUUUCACUUUAAUGGUAAAAAAUGUAUCUAAACAAAUUUCAGUUUCAGAUGUACUAUAGCUGUACUGGGUUACAGUAAAUCUAACAUUUAUGUUGAGGAUAUUGGAGAAUUCAGGUAAGCAAAGGCUAUUAAUUGCUCUUUUAAUUUAUUUUCAAGAUUUUUCAGGAAGGUUAUUUAAAUCAUAUGAUGCAAAUGAGAGACAAAAGAAGAGUAACACAAUGCCAUCUGCCCACAAUAAGGAACACGAAUUAAGAAAACCUAGAAGAAAAGAUACACCUGCUUUAUACAUAUCACCUCCUCAAGCAGGUAAGAAGAUGGCAAAGGUUUAUCUACAAGACCCUUGAUAAAAGGACCAUUUAAACAGCUGAUGAACAAUGUACAUUCACUAUUACUGUGGCAUUUAAAUGUCAGUAGUGAACACUGUACAACAUCACCUGCCAAGAAGGGGUUAAAACAAAUCAAAACAUUAAAUGCUUCCAAUUCCAUUUCAUCCAUCAGCACAAUCACUAUCAAAAUGUAUACAAUAAUGUAUUAAAACAUAACAUAAACAAACAAACAUGUCUGACUAGGUUUAUAAAAAUUACUUGUCUAUUUCAAGUUGCAUAGAAACUCGAUAAAAUCAUGUUAUUAUUAUUAUUUUAUUUAUAUAGCGCCAACAAAUUCCUUAGCGCUUUACAAUGGGUGGACUAAUAAACAUGUAAGUGUAACCAAACAAGUUUGACUCACAGAAACAGAGGGGUUGAGGGCCCUGCUCAAUGAGCUUACAUGCUAGAGGGAGUAAGGUAAAGUGACACAAAAGGUAAGGGAAGUAUUAGGGAAGUAGAUUGGUAGGAUAGUAUUCAAUGAAGACUUAGUGUGGGUUUUUUGGAGCCAUUAACAGAGAAGGGAAGGGAGUGCCACAGGAACGUUGCAGCCCUAGAGAAAUCUUGAAGGUGAGCAUCCGAGGUGGGAGUAUGUACAGUGGAUAGACGUAGGACUUCGGCAGAGCGUAAGGGCCUAGAUGGGACAUAUUUGUGUAUUAGGGAGGAUAGAUAGAACAAGAAUUUUAUAUUGAGCCCUAUAUCUUAUGGGAAGCCAAUGCAGGGACUGACAGAGGGGUGAGGCAUGGGAGGUGCUGGUGGACAGGAAGAUGAGCCUUGCUCCCGCAUUCAUUAUACACUGCAACGGGGCAAGUUGGGAGCACAUAAGACCAUUGAAAAGGGGAUUGCAGUAGUCAAGGCGAGUGAGGACAGAGGCAUGGACCAGCACCUUAGCGGCAUUGGACGUUGAGUAGGGGCGGAUGCUCGCAAUGUUUUUGAGAUGGAAGCUGCAGGAUUUGGCGAUCAACUGGACAUGAGAGGUGAAGGAGAGAUCAGAGUCAAAGAGAACAUCUAGGCAGCAAGCCUGCGUGGUGGAGCUGAUGGUAGCACCAUUAACACGGAGGGAGACAGAGAUGGGAGUAGCAACACUUGAGGGAGGAAAGACCAGAAGUUUUGUUUUGGACAAGUUAAGUUUAAGGAAGUGGGCAGCCAUCCAGUUAGAAAUAGCAGAGAGGCAGUCAAGAGGGGCGAGAAGAGAUCAGAGGAGGAUAGAUAGAUUUGCGUGUCAUCCGCAUAGAAGUGAUAUUGGAAGCCAAAGGAGCAGAUGAGUUUACCAAGGGAGGCAGUAUAGAUCGAGAACAGAGGGGGGACCAAGGACUGAUGUUAAACAAAAAGAUACAUCCAACACUUUAUACAAGUAAAUAAUGUGAUGGAAAAACACUUAUCUUAAUAGAUAGUGAUAGCCUUCUCCAGGAAUAUCCCAGACUAUAUUCCUUUCUAUAUGGUACAAAAAGCAGCAAUUAUAUUGGAGAGUGUGACUGUAGAUCUACAAAUGAGAUUAGGGAAACACAAAAGGAACAUAUAUAGUGUAAUACUGUUUUGUAAAAAGUAAAUAGUGCAGACAUAAAUUGCACUCACAAGAUGUUGUAGAAAUAAUCACAGAAGGGUGACUCCCCCGAUGGUUUUGGGGGGCUAAUCCAGGACGACUCUUCCUGUAGCAAUUACGCUGCGAGUAUGGAGAGCCGGACUCAGGAUUCAGGUGAAAAAAGACUGCUGUUUAUUGUAUAAAGUAUAUAUAAAAACACUAAAAUAAAAUAAAGCUAAAAAGCAAAACAACAAAAUAAGUUGCUAGGAGUAAUCCUACAUGUUUUGCCCCAAAGGACUUCCUCAGGGACUCUCCAAAUAAUUUUAGAAACAAUUAUAAAGAUAAAAUAAAGAUAAAAUAGCAAGCAGAGUGACAAAAUAAAACCAUCACAAUUCAAACAAAGCAGUAUACAACCCUCCCCCCUGAGUCUCUCUUUAUAAAUGGCUCUUGAAUCUUCUUAUUGGUGGUACAUAGGGUAUUUCCUCAUGUUCCCCAGCUGUCCGUAAUCAGUUCAUAUUGCUUUCUGAUUCCCUGUCCGAUUGAAGCUUCUUUCCUGUUUUCGUGUGUCACUUCUGGUGCGCCGAUUUUCAUUGGCACAUAACUGUGACAUUUGCGUUACACUCAACAGUGAUCGUGCGUUCUACCCACGAUAUAUGUAUUUCGAUGUUUUCUCGUCUCUGUUCAGUCUACAGAAUAAUAAUAAGCUGGCAGAAUGAAAAGUGUACAAAAUGGAUAUGUAUGUGAUGGCCCAAAAAACAUAAACCAUGCUUCUAUGGACAACAGUGUUAAGAUUCAUAUGUAUUUGGGGAGAGCUUCCGGUUCCUAGUCUCCCUAUGGAAAGCAAACCUAUUCAUAUUUUCUCUAUAAUGAAAUUAUACAAGGAAGUUAUUCUUCCAAGUGUUAAAGUGCAACAGAAUUCCAUUUGGAGAUGGAACCGAAGGCUCUUACCACCACAUAUAAUAAUACAAUGUAGAGAUUUAUUGCAGUAUGAAAACAGUCAAAUAUAUUGUGCAUAUAGAGAAAAAAUAUUAAGAUAAGAUAAAGAAAAAAAGAAAAUGAAUAAAAAUAAAAUAAAUAUAAAAAUAAAUAUGAAAAUAAAUAGCUUGGGGUCUGCCUUUGCUCUUCCCCCGCUGAUGUCAGCCAGCGGGGAAGACCUAAUGCACAUGCACAGCAAUGGCCAUCCUCACAUUAGAACAGCCCCUUUGGAAAGCAUUAUACAGAGGAAAGCUGGAUGUCCUCAUACUUAGCAUGAGGUCGUCCAGCAUCAGUUAGGCGACCAACAGUCUGGUAUACAGCCACUAGAGGUGGAGUUAAUCCAUAAAGGUAAUUAUUGCAGUUAAUCAAAAGCUGCAAUAAUUACCUUUCCAGGGUUAAGGGACCUGGAAAUAUGCACCAAGACUACUUCAAUGAGCUAAAGAGGUCUGGGUGCCUAUUGUGUUCCUUUAAUUCAGUCAAUGAGAGAUCCGUCUAAGCUGAGCUGCUGACUUGACUUGUACAGUAUUUCAGAUUUUUGCUAAGUGUAAAGGGUUCAAAUAAUAAGAGUACAGGGAUUGGCUACAAUGAGUAUAUAAUAAGGAAGUUACACAGUAAAAAGAGGGUGCGUGCAGCCAUGCUGCAGAAAGCUGAAAUUUUGUUUUGGCAAAACUAAUUUAAAAAACAGCAAGACUAUAAGGCUGAAAUCGAAUACCUUGCAUUUAUGUUGGUGCAAAGAGUAUAACUUGAGUGUCCUUUUAAUUUUAAUUGUCUGUUAUUUUUCUUAUUUAGGUACCAAAUGCAUGAAAGGAGAAGGGAAAUCCAUUAUUCAAGAGGAUGAAGAAAAAGAUGGAUAA